AUGUCUGUCACAUCGAUAAAAGUGCAGACGACCGGGAGUGGUUGUGGAUUGCGAGGCAGCUGUUGGAGCUGCCCGUGGGCCGGCCAACCAGCUCUGGCCGCACAGUGGCAGGGGAGUACAGCCAUGUCUGUUAACUCAGGGGCUCAAAUGAAAGCAUCCGAUAUCAUCUUCCUGUCUGCCCUGUUGAGGUUGUACUGGCUUUCUAAUUCAUAA